AUGGAUUGGAGUUGUUUGCGAGGACCGACGAAGGAGCUGUGGUGGCCUACAGCUAUGGCAGAUGUUAGAUGGGUUUUGCCGGAUUUUCAUAUAUGUCAUGACAAUGAUGAUUAUGAAGACGUAGAUGAAGAAUUGAAGACGCCAAGGGGUUUUUAUGACACAGUUGGAGACAAAAUUUGUCUUGGUGAAACCAAUUAUUUGAUGAAGUUGAAAGAGAUUUUACAGUUUAUGUCAAGAAGACCUACAGCUCUUCUCUUUGCGACACCUGCUUGCAGGAAGUUGAAGGGCUCCGAUAUGAAAGGAAUCCUACAUAAAACUCUAGCACAGAGAGCAGCAAUGGAUCGGGAUAGUCACUACACACAACUUAGAGUCAUUUUUGGCAAAGAUAUUAUGCCUCAAUGUGGAUCACAAGGAGCUCCAGCAAGCAUGUUUAUUGGUUCUUGCAAGAGACUGAAGAUCAUGAAGGGGUCUGAUGCUAUUGGUUUAGGGGGAACGAAAUAUACAACUUGCUUUAUAUGUAAAGAAGAAAGAUAUUUUAGUUAGGACUGUCCUAAAAGCGUUCAUGGAAUAGAUCUGAAGGAUCUACUAUUUUUUUUUAAAAAAAAUUACUUCAAUAGCAAAUAUAGCAACUUACUUUCACUUUGCAAUGAAAAUUAAUAGUUAAAAUAAUAAAUAGCAAACAGUAAACUCGAAGCACAUUGCUAUUUCUACGAUUUAAUCCUUCAUCGGGCU